CGCAUAGCAUGCAGAACUUGUCGCCGCCGAUCAGAACAUCCCUGCCGCCGAUCGGAACAUCUCCGCCACCCUCACCGGCCGUGUGCCUCGCUGGACCUCGCCAUCACCCUACACCACCCGACCUUAUUCUUUUUAUUUCCGAUGGUGGAGGCGAACGAAAUCUCUCGUCCGGCGAACGCGAUAGCAUGGAUUGGGAAAAAGGCUUUGGGAAGGCUCAGGGGACUGUGGCGGGAGUGGGGCAGGGGUUUGGGGUGAGGCGCGGGACUGAGAGGCUGGGCAGGGGGAGGGGGCUGGAUCCGGGCUGGG